CGUCAAUGUCAGGCUAGGCUUGCUAGGCUAGGCUUCUUUUCUCAACUUGUCUCCAGUCCCCAUCAUUAUCGUCUUCAUCAUCGCGGGUUGGUACCCCCGUCGCCAAUUUCAAGACUCCGACGUCGAGGAACCCAAAUGUUCAGAGACUGGGCUUCUUAGUCCUCAUGCCAUGUUUCCCGUCCACACGCCCGCCGGCCUCAAUACCUUCACUUCGCACAUCAACACACCGCUUGGCUCCGUGCAUCCUUCUUCGCCUUCGCCGCCGCCGCUGCCGCCGAGGAAGUAAGCUCGACACGUCUGCCCAGGCACGAUGCUGAGACAGAGGCAGCGGCAUAAGAAAUCCAGGCAUGGAUGCACAGCAUGCAAAGCGCGGCACUUGAAGUGCGACGAGCAAGGCCCGCCAUGUGCCAACUGUACCAUUCGAAACUCCCGAUGCACCUACACCCCUCCCACGUCUACGACUACUACUACUACAGCCAAGCAGCAGCCUGAGCCAUCCCGCGGGCCAUGGAGCGUCGCCACGACCUACAGCUCGUCCAGCAGCAGCGCCAGCCCCGUUCGAUGCCCGUGGCCUCCGCCGCCGCCGCCCAUCGAAGGCAUCACCACCACCACCACCCCAUCACCGCUCUCCGUCUCGUCCUCGCACACCUCCAGCAGUCGUCGCCUCCUCGAGCUCGAGCUCCUGCACCGCUGGUCGGUCCGCACGUGGCGCGGCCUGUACAACCUGCCCGCCUGCCAGCCGUUCCUGCAGGAGUGCCUCCCGCGCGAGGGCCUGCGCCUCCCCUUCAUCCUCGACGGCAUCCUCGCCCUCGCCGCCCUUGACAUUGCCCUGCUCGCCGGGCUGCGGGGGGACCGCUCGACGGCGCGACGCUACAAGCGAACCGCCCUCGAGUACUAUGCGAAAGCGAGUGGUGAUUUCCGCGCCGCGCUGGGAAGCGGCGGCUGCGGCGGCGGCAAGUCCCCAAUCACGCGGGACACGCUCUACCUCUUCUCGGCGUUUGGCAGCAUAGCAGGGUUCUUCAACUUUGCGGCGAAGGUGACGACGAGGACAAGGGCGAGGACGACGAGGUGA